GGGGUAUUCAGUUGACAUUGCCAGGUAAAAAUACUGUGUAAGCUACUUUUUAUAAAUGACAGAACACUGUCUAAAUAAUUACUAUUAUUUUAUGUGAUCAAAUGUAAACAUGUUCCACAAUCUCCAAGGUAACCAAGUGGUGAUUGGACAUGCUUUCCCGAAAUAUGACAAUCAAGCAAGUUUUGAUCCUCCUGGCAUUUUAAAAACCAGACCCUAAUGGACAUUUCGGUUACAGUCUGGUGUGAAUGGUAGCCUACUACUACUCAUUAAUUCCCUAAAUGAUAGAGUCAUGCCAGAGUCGUAGUGUGUUUUGCAGUAGAAAAAAAUAACAGUUGUUCGCGCGACACGGUUGAACAUUUAACAGUGAAACGUUAAAUGAGCGCAUGAUUAGUCUACAGUAGCGAGCUAGAAUGUGUUGUGUUGCAAGAUACCAUAAUAUCUGGAUAGAUAGUCCCUAAGAACMACAAAGUGAAACCAGCGGUGGGGAUUACACUGGUGAACAUUAUAUUAGCUAGCUAACUAGUUAAGCUAACACGAAUGUGUUACGUAUGGGACAUGUAGCUAGUAGCUAGCUAUACCUAUGCGUUCUAGCUACGUGGUUCAUGAUUUAUUUAAAUGUGAUUUAGAUAGAACAUUCCAAAUUGACAUCUUGGAGAUGCGUUUUCUAUCUUUGUCGUUGAUAACACAAAUGGGAAAAAGAAGGACACGCAUGCGCCUGCUACACCGCCCACCCCAGUUCGAGCUGCCCGAAAACAAACACGAAGGAGGAGGGGAAAACGCUGGGUAGCUGCGCUACACAACAAAAGGCAACGGCAUCAUCUCGGAACCUAGGCGGGGGAUACGUGGAAUAAACAUUUAAAAUACGGUUGAGUGAGUCGUGAUGGCUUCAUGCACGGUGUCUAUCCUCUUCCUUCUCAUCGUUGCCAUGUCAGCAGCAGAGCCGCCAGGCUGCAAGAUCCGGAUCACAAACAGAGGCCUCGAAAUGUUGAAGUACGAGACCCAGAAGUUUGUGGUGGAGGAACUGAGCAACAUCACCAUGCCAGAGAUGAAGGGCAAUGAGGGCCGCUUCGAGUACACCAUCAAUGAUGUGAAAAUAAAUGAGUUGAACCUGACCUACGCAGACCUGGCAUUUCAGCCUGGUCUGGGACUGCUCUUCGAGGUGCAGAACUCAUCCAUCGCCCUCAGCUUCCAGAGACGCAUCCUAUACUGGUUCUUCUAUGACACGGGAGCCAUCAACGCCUCUGCUGAAGGCGUGAACAUCCACACUGUCCUGCACAUGACCAAAGACGAGUUGGGCCGUCUCAAGAUCUCCAACAUCACCUGUGAUGCGUCCAUCGGCAAAAUGAAAAUGAAGUUCACUGGCACCUUGGGGAGGGUGUAUGACUUCUUGGCGACGUUCUUGACCACAGGAAUGCGCUUCCUUCUUAACCAACAGAUCUGCCCUGCCAUGAACCACGCUGGUUUGGUUCUAAUCAACUCUUUGUUGGAGACGAUUCCAGUGCGAACUGAAGUGGACAAGUACGUGGGAAUCGACUACUCUCUCCUAAGUGACCCAGUGGUGACUUCAAGGAGUCUUGACAUGGAUUUCAGGGGCAUGUUCUUUGAGCUCGGGAACGAGAACAACACCUUGGUCAACUAUGCCGUUAACCCAAUCGUGAGAGAGUAUGAUCGAAUGGUGUACCUGGGUCUGUCCGAGUAUUUCUUUGACAGUGGGUUGUACUCCUAUUAUAAAGCCGGCAUAUUCCAAAUGAAUAUCGCCAACGAGCGCAUGCCAAAGGAUCUGGAGAUGCUCCUCAGGACAACCUAUUUUGGCACCAUUAUGAUGAUGAACCCAGCCCUGGUGGAGUACCCUAUCUCCCUGCGACUGGAGUUGAACUCUGCCCCCAAGACUACCAUCAAGACCUCUGGGGCCACUGUGGCCGUCAGCGCCAUCGUCACGGUGAUGGUGCUACCGCCCGGCACGGCGCCCGUGCAGCUCAGCAGCAUGACCAUGGAGGCCAAAUUCAAUGCCAAGGUGUCCAUGAAGGGCAAGAGACUGGCUGUUCUUGCAGACUUGAGGAGGUUUAAAAUCUUCUCCAACCAGUCUGCUUUGGAAUCACUGGCGCUUAUUCCCCUACAAGGCCCUCUGAAGACCAUGCUGCAGAUCUCAAUAGUACCCAUCAUCAACAACUGGACCAAGAGAGGUGUCUCGAUCCCUCUUGCAGAUGGUUUGGACUUCAUAGAGGAAGUGGUGGAGUAUCAUAACGGUUACCUCAUCAUCGGGGCAAACCUACAUUUCAGCAAGGGACUGAGGGAGAUGAUCGAGAGGAAAAUCCAGGCUGAUGCCGAGAACGCCAUCUAAGAGAGGUUUCUCCACCUGAAAGAACCAAGGAUAUAUAUAUCUUAGAUAACUCUAUCCAAUCCUGCAUUUCAAUGUCACUUCUUUAUGUUCAACACGUAGACUUGUGUAAAGUCUACAAACCAUGCAGAUCCCACAUUUUAAGGCUUUAAUAAGGCGGUAGGCUACGUGURCAAUUUGAGAUAAAAAUUGGACAAGAAAAUCAUGCUUAUGUAUAACGAUCACCAUAACGCAACUUAUAUAUUUUAUAUCCAUUUGUCAUUUUGAAGUGCUUUACAGAUAUUUAUACUGUUGCCUGUAUAGAGAAAUCAGGUUGACUUACCAAGUCAUGUGCCUGCACUACUCAAAACAAUAUUUGACCUCUAACAUAAUUGCCCAUUGUCAUGUCAACGCUCCUUGUAAUUUCAUAGGAAUUGUGCAGCUCUGAACUAUCCUUUUAAAAAUGACAAUGCUUUACUGUAUAAUAUUCAACUUAAGAAUMUCAAAUGUUUCUACAAAACAAGACUACCUUCCCUACCAUUAGCCACAGAAGAGCUAGCUGGUAGGAAAUACUGUAUAAGAAAUUAAAUGUUCAAAGGAAUUAUGGCUUUAUA